AUGUCAAAAAGCCCUGAUUACUACAAGAUCCUCGGCGUCUCGCAAGAUGCCACACAGCAACAGAUCCGUACUGCAUACAAAAGAGAAUCACUGAAAUGCCACCCCGAUCGAGUUCCUGCAGAUUCACCCGAACGGCCCGCUCGGACGCGCAAGUUCCAGGAGGUCAACGACGCCUACUUUACGUUGUCAGACCCAGGGCGACGACGGGAAUAUGACGCUACCCGCGCAUACGAGGCCGAGGAGGUUGACGAAGAAGUACCCCAGGGUGGCACCGGUGGAUUCCCAUGGUCUAGCUUUGGCUUUGGGAAUCGCGAGGAGCGUGAAGAGCGUGACUCCAAUCAGUUUGGUUCAGUAUUUGAAGAGAUGCUGCGCGAAGAGGGACUGGCCGAAGACGGAGAGGGUGGUCAAAGGUCGCGUCCUACGUCACGGUUUUGGGCCGUGGUCGGUGGUGUGAGUGGUGGUGCUCUCGGGUUCAUCGUGGGCAACUUCGCUGGGGGGCUGGCUGGUGCUGUCGCGGGUAACCGCUUGGGCGCAGUCCGCGACGCCAAGGGCAAAAGUGUCUAUGAGGUUUUCCUGGACCUUCCACAGCCAAACCGUACGCAACUCUUGAGCGAACUCGCUGCGAAAAUGUUCCAAUCUGCCAUGGGACAUUGA